AAUGGAUGGUGGGAAAGUGCAGUGUCUCUUUUAGGUCUAACGCGCCCCUUCCUUAGCCUCCCCCCUCCUGCUUGUUUUUUUUUCUGCAACAAGAUGGCUGUCGUUCCAGAGAGCAGGGUUCUCACGUUCAGCGUUUUUAAAUGGAGCUCGUACUCCUCAACGUAUUUACCCGAGAACAUUUUGGUGGACAAACCUAACGAUCAGUCCUCCAGGUGGUCAUCUGAGAGCAACUACCCUCCACAGUUCUUAAUCUUGAAACUGGAGAGGCCGGCGAUCGUUCAGAGCAUCACCUUCGGGAAAUACGAGAAAACGCACGUCUGCAACCUGAAGAAGUUCAAGGUGUUCGGAGGCAUGAGCGAAGAAAACAUGACUGAGCUUUUGUCCAGCAUGUGCGAGAACUCAGAACGUCCAACAAUAGAAGUAGUGAAAGGGUGGCCUCUUUUUCUCUUCCCCUCUGCCAGUGGUCUUAAGAACGACUACAACAAAGAAACAUUCACCUUAAAGCACAAGAUCGACGAGCAAAUGUUUCCCUGCAGAUUUGUCAAAAUAGUGCCUCUGAUGUCAUGGGGUCCGAGUUUUAACUUCAGCAUCUGGUACAUUGAGCUGCAUGGUAUCGAGGAUCCGGAUGUAGUACAACCCUGCCUUAACUGGUACAGCAAGUACAGAGAACAGGAAGCCAUCCGCCUUUGCCUCAAACACUUCCGUCAGCACAACUACACAGAGGCCUUCGAGUCCCUGCAGAAGAAGACGCGCAUAGCACUUGAACACCCCAUGCUCACCCACCUGCACGACCGGCUGGUGCUGCAAGGCGAUUUUGACGCCUGCGAGGACCUCAUAGACAAAGCCGUGAGAGACGGUUUGUUUAACCAGUAUAUCAGCCAGCAGGAGUACAAGCCCAGGUGGAGUCAGAUCAUCCCCAAAUGCAACAAAGGUACAAGUGCCCAAGAAAUCAACAGAGACGACAUGAACAGCGAUGGUGAUGACAACAGGCCGGGAAUGAGGGGAGGACAUCAAAUGGUCAUUGACGUUCAGACUGAGACAGUGUACUUGUUCGGGGGCUGGGAUGGCACGCAGGACCUUGCUGACUUCUGGGCUUAUAGCGUUCAGGAGAACCAGUGGGUCUGCAUCUCCAGGGACACUGAGAAAGAGAGCGGGCCGAGCGCUCGCUCCUGCCAUAAGAUGUGCAUCGACUCCCAGCGGCGUCAGAUCUACACGCUGGGCCGUUACCUGGACUCUAGCGUCAGGAACAGCAAGUCCCUGAAGAGCGACUUCUACCGCUAUGACAUCGACAUCAACACGUGGACGCUCCUCAGCGAGGACACGGCGGCCGACGGGGGGCCCAAGCUGGUGUUCGACCAUCAGAUGUGCAUGGACUCGGAAAAGCACAUGAUCUACACGUUCGGGGGCCGGAUACUGACGUGCAACGGCAGCGUGGAGGACAGCCGCACGUCCGAGCCGCAGUUCAGCGGCCUGUACGCUUACCACUGCCAAGCGGCCACGUGGAGCCUCCUGCGGGAAGACUCGUGCAACGCUGGCCCGGAGGACAUCCAGUCACGUAUUGGACACUGCAUGCUCUUUCACACCAGAAACCGCUGUCUUUAUGUGUUUGGGGGUCAGCGAUCCAAGACCUACCUCAAUGAUUUCUUCAGCUAUGAUGUGGAUGGAGACCACGUGGAGAUCAUAUCUGACGGCACCAAGAAGGACUCGGGCAUGGUGCCAAUGACGGGUUUUACCCAGAGAGCCACCAUUGACCCCGAGCUCAAUGAGAUUCACGUGCUGUCGGGCCUCAGCAAGGACAAAGACAAACGUGAGGAGAACGUCCGCAACUCCUUCUGGAUCUACGACAUCGCCCGCAACAACUGGUCCUGUGUGUACAAGAAUGACCAGGCGGUGAAGGAAAACCCCAGCAAGGUCCUGCAGGAGGAGGAGCCGUGCCCACGCUUUGCUCACCAGCUGGUCUACGACGAGAUGCACAAGGUGCAUUACUUGUUUGGCGGCAAUCCGGGCAAGUCCUGCUCUCCUAAAAUGCGCCUGGAUGACUUCUGGUCCCUGAAACUGUGUCGGCCCUCCAAGGAGUACCUGCUGCGCCACUGCAGAUAUCUCAUCAGGAAGUACAGGUUUGAAGAAAAAGCCCAAUCGGAGCCACUGAGUGCACUCAAAUACCUGCAGGAUGAUCUGUCGCUCACUGUGGACCACACAGACCCCGAGGAGACCAAGGAGUUCCAGCUCCUGCCCUCAGCUCUGUUCAAGUCCAGCAAUGACUUCAUCCCCCUGGGUUUCUCGGACGUGGACCAGACUUACGCCCAGCGCACGCAGCUCUUUGACACGCUCGUCAACUUCUUCCCCGACAGCAUGACGCCACCAAAGGGAAACCUGGUGGACCUCAUCACACUCUAGCCCCCCCGUCCCUCCGCCGCCUCGUGACACACUGCAGCCUCACCCGCUGGACUAAAAUGCAAAGACGCAGGAGGAAGAGGGGGCGAGAUACACCAGGUGCGUGUCCUCCUCGUCGGCGACGUCGUCUUUGAGCAGGUUUUCCAUGGGCACGAUCCAGCUGUCGUUGAACUCGCCGUUGAGGGCCACCUUCUUCUCCUGCAUCUCGGGCUGCACCUCCAUCACCUCCAGCGUGGG